AUGGGGUCGAGGGCCGCCACCUCUAGCAACCAGGUUGCGGUGGCGACGGCCUUCCUCCUCCCCCAUGUCCCGCGGCACGUCCUUGCCGCCCUCAGCAUCGAGAUCCUCAAGGCUGCCAGAGAGCGCUCGAGCAGCGGCUCCCUCGAUGACGUCUCCUCUCUGCUCCACUUCAACUUCUUCGCGGAGCCCGUCGCAACAUACGCGGUCGCCGACUGCAUCGCCGACAUCUUAGGAACCCGCCACCACCUACAUCUCCAUUUCUUCUUCUUCUUCUUCUUCUUCUUCUUCAAAUUCACCCUCUUCACUGCAAAUUUACUUCUAAAAAUUCCCCUUUUAAUUUUCUUCCAUUUUCAACUACUCAAUUACCCCUGGCCGAAAUUGGCUAUUGACGGCGAUGGGAAUGGGCGUCGUCGGCUCAGGGGGCGGCGAUUUGGGGUGGUGUCAGAGAGGUGGCGUUCUGCCUCCCCGUCAAGGUGCUGUCGUUUCUUCGCGGCUGCGACGGCUGGAGAUCGAUCGCCGACGCUAGGGCUGCAGCGGAUCGCGACUUUCCUCGACCUGGUGCGGCUGAGACUUGUGGCAUCUCGAACGGCUCUCCGGCGCGGUGCUGUUCGUAUGCGGGGCCAUCGCCGGUGGUCUCGUCAACGGGAGAAAAGUGUUCGCGAUGGGCUGCUCGGAGGCUAUCUCAAACAAAUUUACCCGGUUACGAUUCACAACCAGAUUUCUGAAAGAAGAGAGGCACAGAAAACUAGGCAUAGACAAGAACAUAAGCACCUCAUGGAUUUAGAUCAGUUAUAG